AUGCCUGGAGACAGAGAUGACGAGAUUUGUCAAAAGGCACUUGAACUCCUGUCAGAUCUUUGUUCGAAGGGGGAAGUGCAGAACGAAAACUGCCUGGAUUUUAUCUACUAUUUCCGAGACCUUGCCAGGCCACGCUAUACGGAUUCAGAUAUAUCAGUGAGUCUGCUGUCACUGGUAGUGACUGCCUGUGGCUUGGCCCUGUUUGGGGUCUCCCUCUUUGUCUCCUGGAAGCUCUGCUGGAUACCAUGGAGGGAGCGUGGGCUCUCCCCCACCACCAAGGAGGCCCAUGGGCACCUCAACCCCACCAUGAGCCCUCUGCCCUCACAGCCCGCACCCAGACAGCCAGUUUACACAGCCGUGGACCCUCCGAUGCACAACCGCCGUGAGUCCUUACACUGCUCCAUCGCCAGAGAGCCCACUCCUGUGGCAUCUGUUGUAUCAGUGGAAGCACCGGUGACGCCUGUAUCACCACCACCUGUGGUCAUUGCCACACCUGAGGCAGCUAUGAAGAUAAGUCACACAUCUCCAGACAUCCCACUGGACGCCCUGAAUAAAAGUCGGGAAAAUGGGGUCCACACUAACCCUCGCAUACAGAGACAGACCACUGAACCCCCACCAUCUGGUCGCUCAAUGUCUGAAAUUGGACAAGGGUCCAUUCGCAGACAUAUGAAUCUGUCUAACCCGGACUUCAAUGUUGCCCAGUUCCAAAGGCAGGACUCCCUCACUGGAAUGGGGCUGGGCCUUGGCCGUCUCAAACCUGAGCUCUACAAACAGCGCUCCCUUGAGGGAGACGAAGGUAAUCGCAGAGGAGGAGGCUGCGGAUGCCUCCACUUCAUCCUCAAAUUUGACUGUGACCUGGAACAGCUAAUAGUUAAGAUCCACAAAGCAGAGGACCUCCCAGCUAAAGACUUCUCUGGUACCUCUGACCCUUAUGUUAAGAUCUACCUGUUGCCUGAUCGUAAGACCAAGCACCAGACCAAGGUGCAUCGCAAGACUCUGAACCCGGUCUUUGAUGAGGUCUUCCUGUUUCCUGUGGCGUACUCUGAGCUUCCCACACGUAAGCUGCACUUCAGUGUCUAUGACUUCGACCGCUUUUCACGCCAUGACAUUAUUGGCCAAGUGGUUGUGGACAACUUCCUGGAUCUGGCAGAUUUCCCCAGGGAGACAAAACUCUGCCGGGACAUCCAGUAUGUCUCCUCGGAUAACGUGGACCUCGGGGAUCUGAUGUUUUCACUCUGUUACUUGCCUACUGCAGGCAGAUUGACUAUUACCAUGAUAAAGGCUCGCAAUCUCAAAGCCAUGGAUAUCACCGGUGCAUCUGAUCCAUACGUGAAGGUUUCACUAAUGUGUGAUGGUCGCAGACUGAAGAAGAGGAAGACAUCGACAAAAAGGAACACUUUGAAUCCAGUCUAUAAUGAGGCCAUUGUCUUUGAUGUCCCCACAGAAAACAUAGAGCAGAUAAGCCUUUUGAUUGCAGUGAUGGACUAUGACCGCGUAGGCCAUAAUGAGGUCAUUGGUGUGUGUCGAGUUGGCAAUGACGCAGACAACCUCGGUCGAGAUCACUGGAGCGAAAUGCUUACAUAUCCCCGAAAACCUGUCGCCCACUGGCAUCCUCUCGUUGAGUACCAGGGGACCACAGGUAGUAGCCAGGGAGGAUCCUGUAAUUCUCUGAAGACGCCUCCCUCUCCGUAGCCUUGAACAUCAAUUCACA